CCACUAUAUAAACAGCACCACCUUAUGCUUCUCUUUGCAUUAAGAAACAACAACAACAACAGCAACACAAGCUCUCACUUAUCUCCAGAUCUUAACCAUGGUUUCCACUGAGAUUAUUAGGACAGCGGUUGGGAUCAUGGGGAAUGUGAUUGCACUUUUGUUGUUCUUAUCACCAUUGCCAACGUUCUGUAGGAUAUGGAAAAAGAAAACAGUGGAGCAGUUCUCGGCAGUGCCAUACUUAGCAACACUUCUCAACUGCAUGCUUUGGGUGGUCUAUGGACUUCCAUUAGUUCACCCUCAUAGCACUCUGGUGCUCACCAUCAAUGGCUCAGGCAUGGCCAUAGAGCUCUUCUACGUCCUCAUGUUCAUAGUGUUUUCCGAUAGGAAAAACCGACCUCGAGUUAUCAGCAUGUUCGUCGCUGAGCUCGUCUUUGUUGCUCUCGUCGGGCUUAUGGUCUUGCUUUUCAUCCAUUCAUACCAGCAACGUUCCAUGGUCGUCGGAGUUCUCUGUGUUUUCUUCGGUACUAUGAUGUAUGCCGCUCCGCUUGCUGCCAUGAAACUGGUGAUUCAAACAAAGAGCGUGGAGUACAUGCCUCUGACGCUAUCUGUAGCUUCUUUCUUCAAUGGUGUUUGCUGGACUACUUAUGCUCUACUGAAGUUUGAUCUCUAUAUCACUAUUCCAAAUGGCUUGGGCGUGAUGUUCGCGGUUGCGCAGUUGGUAUUGUAUGCACUUUACUACAAAUCAACACAGAGAGAGACGGAAGAACGGAAACUAAAUGAAGGGCUGGCCAUGCAGGAGGUGGUGGUCAUCGGAGAACCGGCCAGCAAGGCUUACAGUGCAGCAGCCCAGAAUGGCCUGUGAAACUGAGCCUCUUAUUUUAUUAAUCUAUGUAUGUGUGUGUGUGUGUGUGAUUUACUUACAAGAUUUUAUUUUUAUGCACUUUAUCUCUUCGUAAGUACUAGCUCUGGAAGGCUGAUUAGAGUCUUCAAAGAGUAAGCUAGAUGCUCUUUUUGUGAUCAGGCAAAUCUACAGAAAAUGUAUCCUGGGAUAAGAAAUGUAAGGGUGCAUGCAUUUGAAGUUAAACAAAUAAAAGACUUCUCAGCCUGAUGUUUACUGGGAAAAAUAUUGAGCAA